AUGCAGAGAAGCUUACAGACAGCUUUAUACCGCUACGCAGAGGAUACCCUCAAAUGCUUUGACACAGUGAAAGACUUCUGUGAGAAGAUCUCGACAUGGACAGAUGCAAGGAAGACAGAGUUGAAUAAGAUGAGGGAAAUCAAAGACAGGGCUGAUAAAAUGAAUUUCAGCUAUGUUACCCAGUCAAAGGGCAAACCUAAGGCUUUGUGGGAAUAUGUGAAGUGCAAGUUGACCCUAAAACUUGCCAGCAGCCAGCGUGCAGAGCUGCAGAAGGAUCUGGCUGCUGUGCUGGAGGACACUCUGAGAGGGCUGAAGCAUCUCGAGCGCUUCCUGGAUGCAGUGGAGAAGCUGGCGGUCACCUCAGUUCAUGUGUUCACGGAGGAGAACCAGGUGUUACAUCUGCCCAAAGGAAUCAGCCCUGAACAGGUUCAGGUCGUCAUUGCUGCCGCACGACUGAUCUGCCCUCUCCUCCUCGUGUUUAAAAGAGAUGCAAGUGUCUUCUUCCUUCCCAGACUUCAGAAUGUGGAAGUGCUGUCAUAUCAGCUGGACAAAUACAUUCAGACCACCCAGAAGAUCUGUGACACGUUGGAGAAAAGGUAUUUAGGUCUUAAAAUAAAAUAAUAUAAUAAAUCUAAUAAAAAACAGAAAGAAAAUAAAUUAUCAAAUGAAAUUGAUUGUUCCCUUUUCAGUCAGCGGCCCCUGAUGACUAGAGAAACUCUGGUGGACCUCGGCGUGGAUUUGUCUGAAGAUGACAUGCAAAAGAUUGUUUGUCACUGUAAUGAACAUUUAGCAAUCAGGAUGGACCAACACUUCCGGAUGGUGUCCCUGUUUCAGGAAACUUCCUGUUCUGACUUCAUCGGUGAGUUCAACAAGCGUCAACCCAGGAUGCUGCAGUUUCUAAAUGACCUGGAGGGCAGUGCUGUUCAGCUGGAUCGGAUGAAUAAGGGGGCAAAGAUUUCGAGUGUGGCAGGCAGCUCAGUGGGGGCAAGUGGAGGCGUGCUUUCCAUUGUUGGUUUGGCAUUAAUUCCUGUAACAGCUGGAGCAUCUCUAGCUCUGAUAAUCACCGGGGCAGCUCUGGGGAUCGCCAGUGGAGUGAACAGUGGUGUCACCACCGCCACAGAGAUUUUCAUGAACCGUAAACAUCAAAAGAAAGCCAGUGAAACCUUCCAGAGCUUCACGGAGGAUGUACAGAGUCUCCAGGAUUGUCUGGAUGAGGUGAUGAGUCAAGCAGACAUCAACAUGGAGGCAAGUGAGAUAGAUGUGGCUGUGGGAGUAGGCAAAGUGCUUCAGAAGGUUGGCAGUGUUGGAAAAUGUAUUGAUUCAGUUGUUGAUGGUGCCUCUGCUUUUAAGAUAUUUAAAACUGAAGAGGUGAUUGCUAGUGCUGGAAAGGUGGUGGCCCAGGAAGGUAAAGCAUUACGUAACGCGCCCAGGGUGGCCGCAGACAUCCCAGAUAUCGGUCAGGCAGCAGUCAAAGGCCCUCUUGCCCUCUCCAAGUCAGCCAGAGCAGGUUUCAUUGCAGUCAAUGCUCUUUUCCUCGGCAUGGAUAUCUUCUUUAUCUGUAAAGACAGCAUCAGUCUGUCCAAAGGCAGCGAGACUGAAGUCUCAGAGUUCAUCAGAGCCAGGUCUGCACUCUGGAAAUCAGAGAUGGACUCAUGGCAGAAGAUCUGUGAUUCCCUGCGAGAAGGUCUGCUGACAUCAGAGAAACACCAAGCUGUCCUGGACAAGCCAUUUUAUUUACUUUCUUCAUAGAUGCCGUUUGAUGCCAUGAUGCAAAUGUUAAUGGUGUCUACCGUUUCCUCCUCACUUCAGUGAAUGACGGGUAGCUGUCAU